AUGUCCGUAGAGAUAGUAACUCCUGGUCAACGCCUCGGACACGCACAGGACUAUACUGGUGGUCCUGGUACUUAUGUCAGAGGAGACUUUUUAUACGCCAGUGUUGUUGGCGUUAAAAGAGUUUGGGUAAAAACUGACAAAAAGGAAAAGGUGCAAUCAGCUGUUCCUACCGUCGGAAGCAUAGUAAGAGAUUUUGAUUUAAGAUGUAUGUUUAUAGACCCUCAACAUAUCAACGUAGUCAACAUUCCAGGCCUACUGUUUUAUUAG